AAACGAUGAGUAAUCUUUUUCGCGGAUGCUAUCAUGGUCAGUUCAUUGUUUGCAUCUUUUCAUUAAAUACGUACAAAACGAUUUCUGAAAAGUCGUAGAAAAUUCGAGCAAAAAUGUCUUCACAAUCGUUCUUGAUGUGUCUUAUACUGUUAUCAGUUUCAUGUGAAGCUUUGGGCUUUACGGCCGAAGGUAUCAGUACGGAUAUCAGGUUUAUCAAAACAUGUAACUUGACAUCCCCGAUAAGCAUGACUACUAUGAACGAAUUUCUAUUCCACAAAAAGCUAGCAAACGGGGAAUCCAGCGCGUUCAAAUGUUUUCUGCACUGCCUGUUUGCAAAAUACGGUUGGAUGGAUGACGAGGGUGGAUUUUUGCUUCACGACAUCAAAGUCACCCUUGAAGAAGCUGAAGUGGAGAUUGACAGCUUAGAGUUCAUCCUGUAUACUUGCACUGCUAUGAACUCGGUGGAUAAAUGUCAAAGAGCCUAUACUUUCACGCAUUGCUUCUGGCAGAAAAUUGCUGAGGUAGGAACAGUGUUGUCAGUUCUACUGAAUUUUCAGUAGAUCUACUGAUUUGUAUAUUGAUCUACUGAUCUACUGAAACAUUUUUGUAAUGUACUGAAAAAAUUAUGAUGCCUAAUUAAUGUUAUUCUUAUUGUUAAUUUUUAAUUCAUUACCUACACCUUGCGUAAUAUUGUCGAAGAAUCAGUUUGAAUACGGUCAUCAAUGAUGACCCUAAAUAAAUUCGAAAGCGUCUUAGCGUUUGAUAUUAUGUUGGUAAUACUUUACAGCCCAGACUACUGAUGUAAAUAUUCGGAAUAUUUUGCUAACCGGUUAGACAGAAACGGAUGAAUAGAAUAUUCGGAUGAAUCUUCCAUGGAUGAAUCAUUCGUAAUAAUAAUACGAAUCAUGGCAUCAUCCAUAAUAGCAGUGGUUUUAUGCGACCUGGCAACACUGGACCAGACCACGGCCACGGGCCACGGGGAAUCAACAGUUAUUGAUGCGUAAACGACUACGAGGACCGGGAUUUCCCAGCGCUGCGCGACAACGCGAAG